UAUUUAUAUAGAAAUACAUAUUACACAAAAUCCAUGACAGUUAUUAAGAGCAAACUUUGGUUGGAAAAUAUUUUUCUGCAUUCAAAUAUUAAAUUGAGUAAUGUUGAUGAGACUCGUGUUAAGAUUUGUCAAUUCGGAAUAACUUAAAGGUUUCGUUGAUGAAUAUCUCUAUUUUGUUGUGCUUAUCUUGAGGAAGAUCAAUAACAGCAAUGAAUUUGCUAAUAGAUUUAUUUACUUUUAUUGUGAAUUGAGAACAGGGUAACAAUAUUUUUUUUUGUUAUUGAAAACUGUGCACAUUUUCAAUUUUUUUCAUAAACAUCAUAAUUAUUUUAUUAUUACUAUAAAUAAUCUUGAUGACCUCAUCCUUUUUAAGCCAAUAGUUUUUUUUCUUGUAUCUGUUUUAAUUCUAUAAACUUUUUUUAUAGUGUAACUAUUCAUUGAGAAGAAAUGAUAGACAUUUGGAGAGUAUUUGGUAUCCUUUUGACUAAAGGCCACUGCCAUAAAUAGAUACCUCAGCGUAAGUAUUAUGUAUAAAGUUUACAUCUAUUUCUACUUCGGACUAUAUUUUUUAUAGUACCUGACGGCAUUGUUUACACUUCGUAAAACGGAAUAGCGGACAAAGUAAAAUGUACCUUAUAGCGUAGUGUUGUGUUUGAAUUGGAGAUUAAUCUUGUGUACACAGUAUCAUCGACAACAGGUAUCUUCUCACUUACCUUGACCGCGCGCGUUGUCCUCUCACUCGGCUAUAGAGUGAUCAAUUCAUAGACGUCUUCUUGCGCAUGCUACGAUCUAUGACUUAUGUCCUUUGAUCAGGAACUUGUUUGCCCUCUCGUGUGAAUUUUGUAUCCGAAUAGGUAUGUGAGAAUUGAACUUGUGAUAGAUAUUUAAGUUUUACGUUUUAGAUGAUUUUAUAGAUUCGAAUGAAACUAUAACAGCUCUGUUAUCAUACAGGCCCCUUGUUUUAUUCUUUCUAAUGUUUCUUUGUGCGUGAAGAAGUCUAAUCAUAAAUAUUGCUAUUGAAAAUAUUGGCUUUCUUUAACAUUUUUAAAACUCGUCCUUAAAAAAUUAACUUUUGUAUAUGUUUGUCUCUGACUCUAGCGACUUUUGUAAAUGUACCCGUAGGUACUGAAGUCAUUUUAUCGACGAUCAGAAAGUUUUUGUACCUCGCCAACUGUGGGGUGCCUUAUCAGAUUUCUGGCUACACCAGCGCUUUAUUGAAAUAAAUAUUCUUUUCAUGGGUACCGUGUUGACAAGUUAGUUUAUUCAAUUUAUGUCAAUAGAUUGUCCGACGUCGGCGUCAUAUGAUUCAUUGCCACUCAAUCGCGGUAUAAGAUUAAAUAAAUCGUCAUUUAUUGUCCUCCAUCGUGAUCGUUAAAAUUGCGUGCAGGGCAGACUUACAAAGAACCAUCCGUUCGUCUUCAACUGUAAUCAUUGUCGUCUCGAUGUGCACUUAAACUUUUUGCUUUGGCAAAGCUACUUUUGGAUUGAGACAGUCAAGAAAGAUAUCUGUUUGCUCGGAAUGCUUCGGCUAAUGCGUAUAAGCAUCAGUGACUAACAGUGUUUAGCAGUCUGCUGAUGGUUGACCCAUUUACUUGCAAGAUGUCGCAACCCUAAUCAUUUUCGGGCGAUCUGUUUUAAUGGUAUGUUUUGAGCGUUAUCAGCGGCGCAGCGAUAGCGGUGUUCUGAUAGGCCCCAACAUUGCACAAGUCCGAGCUUAUCUCGGAAUGCAUUCGGCGGAGCGCGUUUAUCGGCAUUUGUGAAAAAAAAUGUUCUAAAAUGCAGUCACCCCUCAUUUGGUUUAUCUGCGGUAAUUAAUAUAUUGCAGUGUGCAAUAGUUUAGUGGAGUCGUACGGUAGUGCAGCAAGCAGUGCGCCGCCGGCCGGUGUCGGCAGUGGUCAUCGGCCCCGCUCUGGUGAGUUGCGCAAGUCCAGUUAACCGUAUGAUUCGCUCACAUUAAUAUUCUACGGUUGCUGUUAUUGCGAACUUUGUGUCUGCGUCCUUUACGGUCGUCGAUAUUAUUUGCGACUCUCAACUAAUAGCUACCAUUAAAUUAACUAUUUGAAACUUUCAUGUCAAUACAUUUUGAAAUUACUCUCGUAAACUUAAUCUCCCUUUUAUUUGUCGUUAUACGGGCAGUGCACCCGCAUGGAAUUUGAUAGAUUUAUAGAGUUAGUUGGUAAGGAGAUAAAUAAGUACUUAUUCAGAAAUUAACUGACAGUAUGUCACCUUCACCUAGAUUAAGUUUAUCAAGUUAUAGGGGAUUUCGAACUUUGCUUACGGUAUUGUUUCAUAAAAGUUCUUUAUUUCAGGAUUUAUGGGAAUAUCUACAACGAACCCAAUACACUUUCCUUUCCUCAACCCUCAACAUUCGUCAUUCUCUUUAUUUUAUUAAGUUUCUUCGCAUUUUAUAUAAAAAUAAAGUUUAUUUACAUUUAAAUAAUGUAUGUAGGUGCCAUUUUGUUCGAUAACUUUUUGCCAUCUUGUAGGUAGGGACAUCAAACCGCAUCAUGCGGUUUUGGCAGUCCUCUCAUGAUAUCUGACACUGCCUAAAGAAUUCUGAAGAGACCGAAACAGGUGGAAAUCUGAAAGUGCAAGGUCAGGACUAUACGGCGGAUGCAUUAACACCUCCAAGUCAAACUCUCUUAAUGUUUGCUGAGUGGCUAAAGAUGUGUGAUGUCUAGCGUUAUCAUGAUGAAAAAGCACACCCCUUCUGUUGAUUAAUUCUGGUCUCUUUCUCUAACCUUCUUGCUUUAAUCUCAUCAGUUGUUCGCAGUAGAGUUCAGAAUCGAUGGUCCUGUCUGGCGGUAGCAGUUUAUAAUGAAUAAAGCCCUUCCAAUCCCACCACACACACAGCAUCACCUUGUUGCGGGUUAACACGGGUUUCGCCAGUCCGUGAAGUCUGACCGGCCUUUGACCACCGCACGUUCUUGUCUUACGUGAUCCACUUUUCAUCACCAGCUAUCAGCUUUUUCAAAAAGGUUCGGUUUCAUUACGGCGUAAUAAAGAAUCACAAAUGAGGACACGGUUCAUUAGGUUUCUUUCAGUGAGCUCGUGAGGCGCUCAAAUAUAGAGCUUUUUUGUGUACCCAGCUUUUUUCAAAUGGGCCAAAACUGUUUUGUGGUCAAUUCCUAAUUCUUCAGCUACGUCGUUACUACAGAUAUGCCGAUCUUACUCCACUUUUUAAAAAAUGACAUCUAUUUUAUAUCCGUAACAGGGCGACCAGAGCGACGUGCAUUUUUGAUAUUAAAAUUUCCGGAUUUAAAAUGCUUAAACCAGUGCUACUCUCACAGACACUACACUAGGUCCAUAAAUAUUACAAUUUUUUUUCGCAGCUUGCGUUGCAUUUUUCCCUUUUUUGUAGGAAAAAUAUUAUGUUCAAAGUGUUUGAUUCAUUAGAUUCACUCAUCUUGACAGUAAGAAAAAUAAAUGCAAAUCACACAUUUUUCUAAUUUGAAUUAUCUUCUUUAAAAUUUAAACUUUUUAAUGAUACCAAAAUCAGCCAGAUACAAAUAGCCAAAGAGAUUUUAUUACAAAAUCACGCCAACCAACUCCUCCUGGCCGGCCUGCACAAAUGCUUCUUCACACCUCUUAUAAAGCACCCCAUUUAUGUUAGCUUUAUUGGGGGAAAUUUUUAAUAUUUAUGAUCUGGUAUAUCGUCAUCAGUUUUCUUAGAACUCUAUAAACAUUUUGUAAGUUCUUCCUUAACAUCAUCAUUAGUAUUUUUUCUUAUAACUUCGAGGAAGUUUGUCAAUCGAUUAUAAAAAAAUCGGACAAGUGCGAGUCGGGCUCACCCAUCAAGGGUUCCGUACAAAUUUGUAGGUAUGCAACAUUUACGGUCGUUCCUUUUUUUACGGUAACUUAGAAUUUAAUUUUUUCACAGCUUGAUGAGACCGCAGAUUUCAGUAUAUGCUUUAAAUUUUAACUCAAUACCUCCACGCGCGAGACGAGAUAAAGAGUCUUGACAGUCAGACAGAAAAACGGCCGUAUCUUUUCUUUUAAGUUGACUUAGAAGUUUAAUUUUUCACAACUUCAAGGGUCCGGCGCGACUUGAAGUUAAAGUUUUAACGGUUUAAGUUUCAACUCGAUAUAUCCACGCGUUUCUGAGAUAAAGAGUCUUGACAGACAGAUGGACAGACGGACGGACGGACAGUAAAGUGAUCUUAUAAGAGUUCCGUACCUCAAAAGGAAAAAACGGAACCCUUGUAGGAUCACUUUGGUCUCAGUCUGUUUGCCAAGUCCCUAUAUCUCGGAAAAGAAUGGAUUUCCAAAAUUCACCGAGGAAGAGUUUGAAAUAUGGAAUGAAAGUUUGUAUGAAAAAUCAUAAUUCUUGAGUUAAUAGAUUUGAAGCUUGGUACGGAUUCUUAAAUUAUGAAGUUUGUAGUUUACCUAAACUACCUACUAAAAGGGGAUUAGUGUCGAAGUUUUUAUAUAAAUGAAUUUAACUCGGAGAGUUCAUCUCGUUUUUGAAAUUCUUCCCCUGAGGGGUAAAAAAUGGAUGAAAGUUUGUAUGAAAAAGUAUUCCUUGGUUUUUAUACUUGAAACUUGGCCCAAAUUCUUUACUAAAGAAACUAUAAAGUUUUUCCGAAACUACCCCUAAAUAGGGAUUGAGGGAGGUUUAAUAUGGAUGAAUUUAAAAGCGCGGUUCGAUAACUCGAAAGUCAGUAUCUAGACUAGAAAUGUUACUAAUAUCAUAAAUGUGAAGUUUGUAUGUUCGUGUGUUUGCGUCUCAAUCACGCAAAAAAAUACUACUGAAUGCAUUAAGAUGAAAUUUAGUAUACGUAUAGUUUAGGACCUGGGUUGAAACAUAUAAAUUUUUUUUUAUCCCGUAAAAUGUCAGAUUCCUGUGGGAUUCUCAAAAAACUAAAGUUAAGGCGGACGUAGCCGCAGGCGUACGCUAGUGAUUUAUAAAUAUGGAAAUAUUUUCAUUUUACCUGUAAUCCUCGACAUUCAGAUUCGACACGUUCGAGCGUUACAAAGUGUGUGAAAUGUGUAGAUCAGUCUCCAAAAAAACUUCUCGGGGAACAAAGACAUUCCGUAGUGUCGAGACGAGAGGGAUUCUUCGGAGGAGGGCGUCGCGCAGACGGUUUUCAUCGUGUGUAAAUGUGUGCCUCAGAAAAAACGGAUAGACGGCCAAUAAAAACCCCGUGUGGGGAGAAGCCGAGGGGCGGGCGAAGCGGGUGCAUUGCGCCGCGCCAGUAAUCGUGCGGUGCAGUCUCCGCGCGCCGAGCUGGGUGCGCGCACGCAGCCUCCGACCACCCUCGCCUCGAGUGCUCUUACGAUACGCAAUCACGGGUGAACGACUCCCCGAAAAAGUAUGCGCACGACUCGCAAUUCGCAUACUUAUAUUGCCCCUAUUUAUUCGCGAACGAGUCAAUCACGUUCGGUUACGUGCCGGUUCCGUUAUCCGGAAGCGUUGAAGUCGCCAAAGCUCGCGUGAGCACGCUCUACGCUCUGCCGAUCGUCGAGGAUAGGGGGUUGUAGAUACGAUUGCAUUAGUUGCGUCUGCGUUAUGACGGCGAGUGCAGUCGUCAAAGUCUCUGCGGCAGGCGAGGCGGGUCCUGCGGGCCCCACGGCCGAGGACGCCGCUAUGAAAGGUGUCGAAGCGACGCCCGAAGAACAAGAACGGUUGGCCACCGGGAACAACAAUGGUUCGCUCGAUUGCAAGAUACCGCCGGCGCAGGCGGUCGGCCCCCGUUCCGCCUUCCAUUCCACACGAGUGUUCAUGCUCGUGUUCCUGUCGGGCUGGGUCCUGCAGGGCAUGUUCCUCACAUAUUUCGUGAGCGUGACGACGACGAUCGAGAAGCUGUUCAAGGUCGAGUCUAAGACGACGGGCAUGUUGCUCGCGGCCACAGAGAUUGGACAGAUAUGCACGGCGUUGUUCCUUACGUACCUGGCGGGUCGCGGGCACCGGCCGCGGUGGAUCGCGUGCAUGAUGCUGGUGCUAUCAGUGGGAGUGAUCGGCUGUGUGUUGCCGCACGUGCUGUACGGCACGCGCCUCCUAGACGUGCAUUUAGUCGCGCACAGAGGCGGCGCCGCUCCCGUCUGCCACACAGACGGCACCAACGCCUCCUACUGCGACCCCCACCAGAUGAACAGCACCAAAGACCGCUCCUCGAUCACGGCAGUCGUCAUCCCUUGGCUCUUCAUCUGCUUGCUGGUGGUGGGCGUAGGACAGACAGGCAUUGCCACACUUGGGAUACCAUACGUCGAUGACAACGUUGGAAGCAGACAAUCGCCUCUUUACAUGGCGAUAACGAUUGGUAUCCGAGUUAUUGGCCCAGCUCUGGGAUUCCUCCUGGGAGCUCUGUGCACCAGGGUGUACGUGGACCCGCUGUCAGAUCCCGGAUACGCGUCCAGCGAUCCAAAAUGGGUGGGAGCUUGGUGGCUCGGGAUGGUGUUCAUAGCUGGCUUCAUCGUGAUGCUGUCGUCGCUGAUGUUCUUCUUCCCGCGCCAGAUCAAGCAGGAGCUGGCACCACCACCGCCCAAGAAGAGCAAAGAAAAACGCGAACCAUUGUUUAAAGAUUUCUUCGCGACGAUAAAGCGUCAGUUGACAAAUGACAUCCUGAUGUGGCGCACGGCCAGCUCGGUGCUUCACCUGAUGCCCAUCAGCGGCGUGUACAGCUUCUUACCCAAGUAUCUGGAGCAGCAGUUCCGGUUGCCUACGCACGACGCCAACCUUGUCUCGGGCUUGGGUGGGAUUCUGGUGAUGGGGCUGGGCAUCAUCUCGUCGGGCGUGGUCAUCCUCCGGCUCGUGCCCACAGCCAGGCAGGUGGCGGCCUGGACUGCAGCCACAGCAGCCAUCUACAGCGCUGGCAUGGUGAUGCUAAUGUGGGUUAGCUGCCCUGAAGAGAGCUACCGAAUACUGAGCGGAACAAACACAACCCUCGCGUGCAGUGCCGCGUGUCGCUGCGACAACGUCACCUUCAGCCCCGUCUGCGGACAGGAUUCUUACACAUACGUCUCGCCGUGUGAAGCGGGCUGUACGAGCAGCACUCAGCUCGACAACAACACGUGGAUCUACCACAAUUGUUCCUGCGUCGAUCCUUCUACUAUAGGCGAGCCCACGCUUAAAUCGUUCGCCCGCUACGACUUGAACUCGUCAGUAACCACCAGUGGUAGGACAGAUUCCUACCCUAUACUAGGCGGGGUUGCUGUGAGUGGGGAGUGCGGUGCCCGCUGUUCCAGUAUCUACGUGUUUGUGGCGAUAUUCGCCGCCGUCAUGUUCGUGCACGCCAGUGGGGAGGUGGGCGCCGUGCUGCUUAUCAUACGGUGUACGGAUAAACAUGACAAGGCGAUGGCGAUGGGCGUGAUCCAGUUCGCGAUAGGCGUGUUUGGUAACGUGCCGUGCCCCAUCAUAUUCGGCGCAGCCAUUGACGCCGCGUGCCGUCUGCGAGACUACGCCUGCGGAAUAACCGGCGCCUGCGCAUCCUACGACAGCGACAACUUAAGGCACUUCUUCCUCGGUCUCUCAGCCGCGCUGAUGUUCCUCGCUUUCAUAAUGGACAUGCUGGUGUGGAGUAAAGCGGGGCGCAUCGACAUGAACCCGGCCGACCCGCGCCCCCCUCCGCCCCUCCUCCCCUCUCCUCACAAUAACCAACACGCCCAGCACCCCGCCCUCCCCCCGUCCGAUACGCAGCUCUGACAACAAACCACGUACGAGUCUCAUCUGUGAACGAC